AUGCGGCACCGCAUACCGUGUUGCCACUGCCAGCGGGGCAUUGAAAAGUCAACCAAUGGGCUUGCCACGACCGUGUUUCCACUAGCAGAGAAUGACCUUGUUGAAACUCAAGCCUCUCAAACCAACGCUGCUCCUGCUGGCACGCCAGCUCCUGCUGCAACAACUACUACAUUUCACAUCGAUCUUACGGACGACCCCGAAUGGUGGGGCAAUAAUCUACCCUCUCCUACUGCCCCAUACACUGCUGCUGAAGUGGCCCGCUCUAGGGACGAUCCUGGUGAAGCCGAGUUGCCUGAGAUAGACGAAGAAACAAACCCCCCCACUGCUACAACUGAAGCUGCUACGGCGUCUACGUCCCGCCGUCGUAGUGAUGCGCGCUCUUAUGCUCGAUGGACGCGCGAGGAGGAAUACAACCUCGCUGUGGCGAGGCAGGACCUGGAUGCUCAGAUUCGUGCUCAGGCAGGCCAGCAAGGCCGCAACUGGUACGCCACCUUGUAUGAGGAGCUCAGGGAAAGGCAUGCCACUUGGCGACACGAUGCUGCAGCGAUUCGAGCGAAGCUGAACCGCAUGAAAGACUCCUGGCGAAGAUGGCGGGAUACUAUCGUCAAUCGCAGCGGCGCUGGACGCCCUCGAGGCCUACCCUCAUGGUACCCAAUUUUCGACGAUGUAUUCGGCAGCAGGCCUGCCGCUGCGCCGUUGGUUCUUGCUGGCAACGCCCCUGUGCCCAAUGCGCCUAUUGGCAACGUCGCGGCGCCCACUCCUGGAACGGCACUCACUGCCGCCCCCAUUCCUGGUACCCCCCUCACUACGGCGCCCACUCCUGGUACGGCACUCACUGCCGUCCCCACUCCUGGUAUGGCACUCACUGCCGCGCCCAUUCCUGGCACGUCGCGCCCUCCUGCGCCUACUCCUGACCCGUCGCCCGCAACUGCGCCCACUCCUGGCGCGUCGCGCACUGCUGCUCCCACUCCUGGAGCGUCGCGCACUGCUGCUCCCACUCCUGGCGCGUCGCGCACUGCUGCUCCCACUCCUGGCGCGGCGCGCACGGCGGCUCCCACUCCUGGCGCGGCGCGCACGGCUGCUCCCACUCCUGGCGCGUCUCCCACUGAUGCGCAGUCUAACGCAGCCGCUGGCAACUCUCCUGUGUCUAGCACGGCCAUGCACGCAGCUCCUGGUAGGCCCGUUUCGAGGUGA